UUGAACAUUCGCUUUUAUUGCACCGUAAAAGCGUCACAGUGUUCUCUUUACACUGUGCAGAGUCACCAAGAGUUUCUCUCCCGUUCUGUUGUUGCGUUGCCACGGAAACGACUCAACGCUCUGUGUGUGUGUGUGUGUUUCAAACCUGCAGUUUAUGUUUACGUUGAUGAGGACAGCAGCACAUUAAUGGAGAUCACUGGGAGCAGUUACAAAGGAACCACAAAAAAUGGCAGGAUGGAGGGGAAAGGAGAAUACACUUUCCCCACAGAAACCAAGUAUGAAGGAGAGAUGAAAGAUGGAAUGUUCCAUGGCAAAGGAGUGCUUCACUUUCCUAAUGGAAGUAAAUAUGAGGCCACUUGGGAAAACGGCAUAGCUAAACAGGGGUUGUUUACCUUUGCUGACGGCCUGCAGUACCAGGAGGAGGACUGGGACUACUGCAAUGGUGUGGAUAGACGCUUCUUCAGCGAGAGGUGCAAUGGACUCAGACCUGCAGGAGACUCUCAACUAACUGAUCUGCAUCCUCCACACGUUAUUCCGGAUUCAUGUUACGACUGCGGGGAUGGAUUUUAUGAUCCCGCCGCGAGAGUUGUCACAUCCUACACUGGCAGAUUCCUCAGGAACGCAGAUGACUCAGAACACGAGUGGAUUGUGUGCACUUGUCGAAAAGCCCGGGAUGAGGCCAUUGGCACGGAUCCUGAUAAACCGUCUACAGUCAGACAUGGAGAGAAGAGUGAUGUUAAUUGAUAAAUAUAUAUUUAAUCAAACAACAUUGAAUAUUGAAACUAUAGAAAAUGUGUGUGUGUGCAAAGAGGGAGAGCUAAGGAGAACUGAAACGUGUGUUAUAUUAAAUAAAAUGUCUGUUAUAGUGGUUUGUUACAUCUACAAAUCUAUCAUACUUCAUGUAGAAAUUGUUUUCUACUAAACUGUGUGUUUAAAUGCAGUUUUUGUAUUUUAUGUCAUUUGCUUAAUCCUUAAAUUGGCCCUGGAAACAAAGAUACACAUAAUAUUCAAGAUCUGACCAUGGAAAUGUGAAACACUCGUGAACAUUUAAGUGCUAAAUCUAUUAAAUCACCAGGGUUGUUGUAAAGAUGUACGCAUAAUCUAAAAGAAAACAGAAUAAUCACCAUUGAACGAAUGUUUGCAUGUACAAAACAAUUUGUUUGCAGAAUAUUUUGCAUGAUGCAACAUUUCUGCUUUAUGAAAACAGAUGUAUUACAUAUGAACGCACACACACGUAUAAGUAAAAAGCAAAUAUAUCAUUCU